AUGAAUAACUAUGAUGAUUUAAGAAAUUGGUUUAAUAUUCUAAAAGAGAAUAAGUUGAAUGGUGUUUUUAUUGAAUGUCCUGGGAAGAAUGAAAUUAAAAACAUAUAUACAAAAGAAAAUUUAUUAAAAACAAUUGAUGCUUCAUUAAACGCAAUUAAAGAUAAAGGAUUAAAUAUCAAAUACACCAUUGGAUAUAGUUUAGGAUCAUAUGCAGCAAUUCAAACAGCUAUUAAAUUAAAAAAUAAGAAAUUGGUUUUAAUUGCACCAUUUAGCAACUUUGUAAACAAUGUAUUGGAAAAACUACCAAAAUUAUUUUUUAUAGAGAGAUGGAUUGUUAAGAGAAUUUGUAAAAAUAUUUUGAUUUUGAUAAUAUUUCUAAACUCAGGGAGUACAAUGGUCAAGUUUUUUUAUUUCAUGGUGGUUUGGAUGACGUAA